AUGCCUGCCAACGGCCACCACACCCCUGCUUCAGCUGGCGAUGUCCUCGACGACCGCCGUGUCAAGCAAAUCCGGCCCCUUAUUCCCCCUCAGAUCUUGACCGAGGAGCUCCCACUCACUCUGCGUGGUGCACAGACCGUGAUUGACGGGCGCCGCCAGGUCGAGGCUGUGGUCAAGGGCGACGACGACCGUCUCCUCGUUGUUGUUGGCCCCUGCUCCGUGCACGACCCCGAGCAGGCACUCGUUUACGCCAAGCAGCUCAAGGCUUACGCCGAUGAGGCCAAGGAGGACCUCAUGAUCGUCAUGCGCGUCUACUUUGAGAAGCCCCGUACGACGGUCGGCUGGAAGGGUCUCAUCAACGACCCGGACAUGAACGGCACCUUCCAGAUCAACCGCGGUCUCAAGAUGGCCCGUAAGCUCCUCCUCGAUCUCACUGAGAUUGGUCUCCCGACCGCCGGCGAGUUCCUCGAUGUCAUCUCGCCCCAGUACCUCGCCGACUUGACCGCUUGGGGAGCGAUUGGAGCGCGAACCACCGAGUCCCAGGUGCACCGCGAGUUGACCUCGGCGCUGUCCAUGUCGGUUGGCUUCAAGAACGGCACGGAUGGAAGCAUGGACAUUGCCGUGGACGCCAUCAAGGCCUCCAAAUCGUCGCACACCUUCCUUUCCGUCACCAAGCAGGGCCUUACCGCCAUCGUCGAGACCGAGGGUAACGACACCACCCACCUCAUCCUCCGCGGCUCGACCAAGGGCCCCAACUACGAGGCCCAGUUUGUCGAGGAGGCUGGCAACAAGCUCAAGAAGGCCGGGCUCAACUCCCGCCUCAUGGUUGACUGCUCGCACGGAAACUCGAGCAAGCAGCACGAGAGGCAGAUCGACGUCGGCAGGGACGUCGCUCAGCAGCUCGCCAGCGGCGGCGCCACUUCCCAGAUGCUCAUGGGCGUCAUGAUCGAGUCCAACCUCAGGGAGGGCAACCAGAAGGUGCCCCACGAGGGGCCUUCGGGCCUCAAGUACGGUGUCUCGAUCACCGAUGCCUGUAUCUCGAUGGAGCAGACCCUUCCUCUCCUUGACGAGCUGCGCGCCGGCGUUCGCGCUCGCCGUGCGGCUGUCAAGGCCAAGCACGAGCAGAAGUAG